AUGUCAGCCACGGUUGAGCAAGAUGCAGCAGAUUUUGAAACAAAACUCGCGGGUAACUCUAGUUCGCAUGCUUUGAGAGAAAACCUAAGGGCCCUAGCGGCAGGUGGGGUUGGAGGGGUUUGUGCGGUUCUUACAGGCCACCCUUUUGAUCUACUGAAGGUACGUUGUCAGUCCAAUCAGGCAUCAGGGACGUUGGACGCAAUUCGACGUGUUUUGAUGGAAGCCCGCGGCCAAUCAGGAGCACUGCCACUCAAUCAAAUACGAGGCUUCUACAGAGGGGUGAUUCCACCGCUGCUGGGAGUUACACCCAUUUUCGCGGUGUCCUUUUGGGGCUACGACAUGGGUAAAAAACUGGUGACCUGGGGCAGCCUGCCUAUCUCAGAAAUCGCUGGCUCAAGUUCUAAAGAGAGGCCCUUGAGUACAAAUCAAUUGGCUUUGGCGGGGUUUAUUUCGGCUAUUCCGACAACGCUGAUAACAGCACCUACCGAGCGCGUGAAAGUUGUGCUACAAACCUCGGAGCGUAGCUCCUUUGCUAGUGCUGCCCAAAAAUUGAUGCGGGAAGGUGGAAUUCAGUCUCUCUUCAAAGGAUCUUUAGCCACCCUGGCUCGCGAUGGACCGGGGAGCGCACUAUAUUUCGCCUCGUACGAGGUCUCCAAACGGUAUUUAUCCAGAAAUCGGGAAAGUGACGCAUUGAGUAUUUUUAGCGUUUGCGUUGCUGGUGGCAUUGCGGGUAUGGCUAUGUGGAUAGGUGUGUUUCCCAUAGACACCAUAAAGACAAGGUUACAAUCGAGUUCUUCAGCUGCGAGUAUGUCGGACGCGACUAGGGAGAUUUACCAACGUGCUGGAAUCAAGGGUUUUUUCCCUGGUAUUGGACCUGCUUUGAUGAGGAGCUUCCCUGCUAACGCUGCCACAUUUCUAGGCGUCGAACUUACCCAUCAUUUCUUCAAGCAGUACAACAUCUGA